CCACAUCAUGCUCUCUCGGCAACUUGAGGAGCUCAACCUCUUGAGAUGUUCCCUACUUCCCGGCGAGAAGCUCAUUUUCGUUCCAUCCUCUAACAAUGCAGAUCUCAGCUGGAGUGACUUGCUGGACUCCUACUCAGAGAACAACAUCGGGCCCGAGAGCGAGAGAAGAACUUCCGAGGCGGUGAAGAGCUUGCAGCCUGUUCAUUUCCAGAUCAGAGCCGACAAUUCUGAUACCUAUUUUGACGUCGAGCUAUCCUCAUAUGAUGGGAGUAGCCUUGAAGAGAGCAGGGUGACCGUCUCGGUCAAAGGCGAGCAUCUCGGCCGCAGAGACCAGGAGCGGUGGCAGAGUAUCAUCAAAGAUAAGCUCGGCGAGCUGCAGGAUAGUGAGUACCCCAUCUACGAGCUGAUAUCAACGCACCUCCUCCCGCUCCUCCACACUGAGUGCGCAAGUGAGGAGACCUCCCCACCUAACCAGGAACCGACAGACGUUCAACAUGGCACAGCACCUCGUUACCACGCUCUCCUCACUUCGCACCAUCUCAAGUCCCCGAACAAGCGGCGCUCCCUCCAGCAGUGGCACAACGAGCUCUCACUCACUGGUUUCGCCAAAGUCGGUCACCCAGGCGUGAUCUACGCGGAAGGCGAACAGGCUCAAGUUGAGCAGUUCGUCGCGAAUGUCAAAGCAAUGCAAUGGCUCGCGCUGCGUGUGCGGUUUGUCGAACCUCUGCCAGAGUCGGAGAAUAGGACUGAGCAAGAGCGGCGUAACACGGAGAAGGGCUCUUGGAAAGAGUUCGAGAAGAUAGGCGAUGUCGUAGAGGAGAUGCGAAGACUUAGGAGGGAGAAGCACGUUGUUGAGAUGGGUAUAGGCAGUGCUGGUAAUACACCGAGCAGGUAGUACCCCUACUCACUCACUUCAUUACAUGAGGACUGGAGAACGAUGUGCAAGUACCCCAAAUUCAAUUGACAACAGGACAUGACAUACUGCGUACAGACAGAGACAAAGGACAAAAGGACUGACAAAAUUACGAGAAACCGAGAAGGCCUUUUGAGGUCAUUGUCGACCGCGACCGUGAACCGAACGAUACGCUGCCACUCAGUAGCGCCUGUCACCUUCGUAGCCACCACCACCACCACCACCACGGCGGUCAUAGUCGCGGCCAUAGCCCCUGUCGUAGUCGCGGCCAUAUCCUCGGUCGUAGUCGCGGCCCAUCCCGCCGCCACCACGGUAGUCGUCAUCGUAACGUCCGCGC